GGGUGCAGGCUGGGAAAUCUGCUACUCGUCUUACACAACACAUUCGACAAUAAGAAUGCCGGUGGCAACAGCCUUAACGAUUUGGGACACUCUCGGACGAUGACCUUAAAUGGUGUGGCUGACGAAUGUAAUCGAGAGAAAAGGAAAUCGAGGGGAGCACUGUCCUCUAGGGAACAGAUCACCAAAGCCGUUGGACACGUGUGAAAACCAGUUACUCGGGAGAAAAUGGCUUCUUAUUGCUCAAAGACAUCCCAGAAGAUCAUUUAUGAAAAGGUGCCGAUUGAUUCAGUGGAUGGAUAUCUUACGCCGAGGGAAUAUGAACUCGAGAAGAUCCUCUGUCGUGGUCCUACUGCAGCAUAUGCUCACGUCAAUGAGGUCUGGCCUAACGUCUACAUUGGCGAUGAAGAGAUUGCACGUAAUCGCUACGUCCUUAAGAAGAUGGGAAUGACACACGUCCUGAAUGCGGCGGAAGGGAAAAAGAACAGCGUGGACACUGGGCCUGACUACUACAGCGACAUGAACAUUGACUACUAUGGAGUAGAAGCAGAGGACAUUCCAACUUUCAACCUAAGCCAGUUCUUCUAUUCGGCUGCACAGUUUAUCGACUACGCACUGAGCGGACCGGAGAACAAGCUUCUGGUUCACUGCGUCAUGGGGAGGAGCCGGUCAGCCACGCUCUUCCUGGCCUACCUAAUGAUUCACAAGAACAUGACCCUCGUGGACGCCAUCGAGCGCGUGAAGCAGCACCGGCGCAUCCUUCCCAACUGGGGCUUCUUAAAACAGCUACGGCAGCUGGACAUGCAGCUCCAAGGGCAGCUGGAGAGAUCAGACGGUGACAUGGGUCACGACACAGAGACGGCGAAGGACGAGCAUGACACACAAGGGUCAAAAUAAAAGCCUCUAUGUAUUUCCAUUGAAAGA